UUUGUAUUCGACCAAUCCUAGUUUUAUAAGAAACCGCAAAAUAGCUACUUCCGGUUAAGAAAGAUUACGCACUUGUUUUAAAAUUACAGCCUAUUUUCUCGUUAUUUUUCACAACGAUGAAAAUGGCCAUCGUUAUAUAUACAUGAUAUGAUGCGCAUAUUAAGUGUGCAUUUUUUUAGGCCUACGUAUCGCUUCGGUUGCACCUUUUGUUGAUAUAUACGCGGGCCUGUCUGCUAACUUAGCUUUGUUUCCACUUUUUACCAGGCAGAGAAUUGAUACAAUGGAAGAACCUGCAUCGUUGCCACAAUCGGGUUCAUCAACCCCAGUGACCCCCCAGCCCUCUGCUACACCAUCACCUGCCCAAACACCAACCCAAACUCCACUGUCAUCAGUAACCAACACACCAAGCCCAGCAGUGAAGUCUGGGAGAAGGAUGCCUAUCCUUGACCCGAGGAAUUUGAUACCAAUUCGGAGGAGCUCGACCAGAUCAAUCAAGAGGAAAAAGUUUGAUGAUGAGGUUGUUGAGAGUAGUCUGGUCAAAUCAGAUCGCGGGCGAAUCAAGAUAACCCCACCACAGCCAGAGAAGCAGGAACCAGUUGUGCCGGAAGAGAAAGCACCAGCUCCUCCGCAACCUGAGAAGAAAAAGGAGCCACCGAAGAGACCUGUUGGAACAAAAACUAUGCCAACCAAGUCAUCCUCCUCUAAACGAAACAAAAAACAAAAGACACAAGCUCCAGCUUCGACCAAAGACCUCGGGCGAUGGAAGGCUCAGGAUGACCUGGCCUUAAUAACUGCAGUUCAGCAGACCAAUGACCUGACUGGUGUUUACCAGGGAGUGAAGUUCUCCUGUAGAUUUACUCUGAAGGAAAUCCAGGAGAGGUGGUACGCCUUGCUGUAUGACCCAGUCAUUUCAAAACUUGCCAUUCAAGCCAUGAAGACAUUACACCCAGACGUGGCCGGAGCAGUUCAAGCUCAAGCCCUCUACAGCACCGACGAGGAGAAACUGCUGGGAAAAAUAUCAUCGAACACUCAGCCCCAGCCGACGGUGGAUGUGUUCGAGGACCUGCUUGACAAAACCCCAGACAUCUUUCAUCCUGCAAGAACAGCAAAGUCCCUGCACAGCCAUUGGUUGCUCAUGAAACAGUACCACCUCCUUCCUGACCAAUCAGUUCAACCCAUGCCGAGAGGCGACCAUGUCCUCAACCUGUCUGAUGCAGAGGACAUGCUCAAUGAUGAUGAUUUGAGGGAUGGUAGAGAUGAAAUACUCGAGCAUGAACUUGCCAUAGCUGACAAAAGAAAUAAACGUGAAAUUCGUCACCUUGAACAGGAACUGCCAAAAUGGCAGGUGCAAGUUGACAGCAUCACAGGCAUCAACCCCCAGGACUUUGAUAACCAGACUCUGGCAGUGCUGAAGGGGAGACUGGUGCGCUAUCUCAUGAGAUCGAGAGAGAUCACACUGGGCCGAGCCACCAAAGACAACCAGAUUGAUGUGGACUUGUCAUUAGAAGGCCCUGCAGCUAAAAUAUCUCGGCGACAGGGCGUCAUUAAGCUACGAAACAAUGGGGAUUUCUUCAUUGCUAAUGAAGGAAAAAGGCCAAUCUACAUUGAUGGCAAACCGGUGUUAGCUGGUAACAAACAGAAGCUGUUUAAUAAUUCUGUGUUAGAGAUCUCAUGUUUGCGUUUUACAUUUCUGAUGAACCAAGACCUGAUAAACGUCAUACGAGCUGAAGCUCAGAAGAUCACACCACCAACAUCAUGACCAUCUUGAACAUUAGCUUCAUCAUUGUCUUCUUCAUAAUCAUCCACCAUAUUCAUACAAAAUGUGCAGCUCUUCCUUACCUUAAAGUCACGAUCACAAUAUUAGUGGAGCAGUCUGAUUAUAAGAAGCUUCAGAAUACAAAUAUCACUAAAACAUUUCCACAUGCUGUUGAGGAGCAUUGAGAUUGACAGCAGUCAUGGAGUCACGGCAACAAUCUGUUCUGUGGAGGAAAGUGAUGAGAAGACUGAGACAGCUAUGCUGAUAUUGUCUCAGUGGCGGCCCCGUGGCCUCCCUGUGAAUUGAGUUCCUUGUCCGUAUUCUGAUCAGUCUUAGGUCCGAAUCCCAGAUUUACCCUGAUAGUGUUCCUUGGUCUACUAGAACUUGACCUGCAAUCUUAAACCCUUCUAAUUCAUUUUUGCUAACUAAUACAUCACACAUUUGAUUACCAUGAUGUAAUACAAAUAGGUCAUUGUCCGGUGAUCAUUUGACAUUCAUUCUAACUCAUCGUCAAAGUGACCUAGACAGGCAUUAGUACCCACAGUUCCUAAUGUCAUGGUCACAUCUAUGUAAGAAUACGAAGUCUAUCUCUUCUGAUUACCAAGUGGUUACUGACAAAGAAUGGGAGUCAUGUCUUCUGUUGCAUGAUAAAGUUCAUGGGAUUUCAUGGGACUGUUGAGACAAUCUGAGGUGGACUGCUGCCCUUUUAGGUAGCUAGGGUUUGCUGUACACUGCAAUUUAGUUCUGUUUCACUCAUGAUGGACAGAUGCAGUAGGAAUGAACUCUGAAACAUGUUCAUGAGAUGUGAUUUGCCUAGUAUGGUAGAAAACAUGUCCAUGCUGAUGAUGUGUCUUUGGUGGGACAUACCCUGAUGCAUUGAUGGAGGAACUACCGGUGCACAUGUAUUAGAAUGAUGGAAGAUGAGGAAAAGCUGAAUUUCUCUGCCUUUGUUGACGCAUUUGUUAUCUGUUAUUUGUUGACAUUAUUGUAUAUGGUGUAUGAAAGACUUCCAUACCAAUCAUGACAAAAGAGUUUUGUAUGAUCAUGAUUGAAAGCCGCCUUUAGCCUGCCUAGGACAUGAUGUAGUGAACAAUGACAUGCAUCUUAAGGGGAAUGUUUGUUAAUUUGUUGUAUCAAUGUCAUUUUAUGGUAAUGAUACGUUUUGAACUGCCUUCAAAGUUAGCUUAUUUCCUGAAGAUUUAGAAUCGGUAACCUAAUGGAACGAAGUGCUGAGUGAAUCAUGGCGGUGUUCUCUGUACAGUUAAGUGGUUAGACCACUCACCCUCAUGUGUGAAGGAGACUUUGUCAGCAUCAGUACGAUUGUGUAAGGAAUUCUAAACAACUAAAAUGUUCAAUCUUCAUUCAGGCAGAGACUGGGUCCUCUGAUAGAAGUAUUAUAAGGGUACCAGUUUAAGGUGUUUAUGGGUGGUGGGGUUAGUGGUUAAGCAUUCGCUCGUCACCUCGAAAACACAGGGUCAAUUCCCCACAUGGGAGCAAUGUGUGAAGCCCAUUUGUGGUUUCUCUGCUGUCAUAUUGCUGGAACAUUGCUAAAAGCGGCGUCAAACCAUACUCACUCACUCGCCCAAGAUGUUAAAUGAAUUUUUUAUUUUUAUUUUUUGGUCCAUUUUCCAAAGGUCACAUACCCCUGCUUAUUUUUCUGACUACCCACAGUUAAACAAUUUGCUCAAUUGAUUCAAGUUUCUUGGGCAACACCUCUAUGACAUCAUGUAGUGACCACAACAAAAGAUUUCACUGUUACACAAUUCCUUCUAUGUGAGGCUUACAACUUAUCAAUCAACCCUGUUGAAAUUAUUCCUCCUUAAAGCUAUUAAAGUGUUUUUGCUGGAAUAUUGCCGAGAGCAGCAUAAAACAUGUCUCAAACAGAAUCAGGAAACUUGACUCUGUUUAUGUCUGUGUCUUAGCAUGUCAACUACACAGAAAAUACUGUGGUUCACAAUUAUCUGAAGAUUAGUUAAAGUCACAUGGUGUGAUAAUGCUGACCUGAACACUUGGAGUGGAAGACUAUUGAAUGUGUAGGAAAGAUACACUGCCUUAUGAAAUAUUGUGAAAUCAUUUUGUAAUAAAUGUCUUAAUGAUAAA